AAUAAAGACCAGAAUGUGACAUGCAGGCUGCUUCGCAAGUUUAAUUUGACUGGAUACGUAGAUAGUGAAAACCAUUCCAUGGUUAUUGGAGGACUAUUUCCUGUUCACUACAGAACCAUCCCCAAAAUUAACCCUGAUGAGGAGCCAGAAUCAGCCAUGUGCGAGGGGUUUAAUUUCCGGGGUUUCCGCUGGAUGAAAACCAUGAUUCACACCAUCAAGGAGAUUAAUGAGAGGAAGGACAUUUUGCCCAACCACACUCUGGGCUACCAGAUUUUUGACACCUGUUUCUCCAUCUCAAAAACAGUGGAGUCAACUUUCGUGUUUCUUACAGGACAGGAAGAAUACAAACCCAAUUUUAGAAACAGCUCUGGAAAAUAUCUAGCAGGAAUUAUUGGAUCAGGGGGAUCAUCUUUGUCAGUUGCUUCUUCAAGAAUUCUGGAGGUGUAUUACAUGAGUCAGGUGGGCUAUACUUCUUCCUCCUCAAUUCUUAGUGACCAUUUCCGGUUUCCAACUUUUUAUCGCACAAUACCCAGUGAUAAAAUCCAGACUGAGGCCAUGGUGAAUCUUAUCAAACACUUCGGUUGGGUCUGGGUAGGUGCUAUUGCGGCUGAUGAUGAUUAUGGAAAAUAUGGAAUAAAAUCCUUUAAGGAAAAAUUGGAGAGGUCCAACCUCUGCGUUGCUUUCUCUGAAACCAUUCCAAAAGUCUACUCUAAUGAGAAAAUGCAAAAAGCUGUUGAUGCAGUAAAGAGUUCCACUGCAAAAGUGGUUGUGCUUUAUGCAACUGACAUUGACCUCAGACCCUUUGUGCUGGAAGUGGUUCAUCAUAACAUAACUGACAGGACAUGGAUAGCCAGUGAAGCCUGGAUUACCUCAGCUCUCAUUGCAAAGCCUGAGUAUUUUCCCUAUUUCGGUGGAACCAUUGGAUUUGCAGUCCCGAGAAGUGUUAUACCUGGAUUAAAAGAAUUUCUUUAUGAUGUACACCCUAGCAAGGAUCCAAAUGAUGUCUUGACCAUUGAAUUCUGGCAAACUGCUUUUAACUGUACCUGGCCCAACAGUAGUGUGCCUUACAAUGUGGACUACAGAGGGAAUAUGACUGGUAAAGAAGACAGAUUUUAUGCCAUGUCUGAUCGACUAUGCACUGGAGAGGAGAAGCUGGAGGAUCUGAAAAAUACUUAUCUGGAUACAUCCCAGCUAAGAAUCACAAACAAUGUUAAACAAGCCGUGUAUCUUUUGGCUCAUGCCCUGGAUCGUUUAAGCAGAUGUGAUGUACCGCAACCAGAUGUAAAAUGCUCACAAAUACCUAACUUUGACCCCUUUGAACUAAUGAUUUAUAUUAUGAGAAUGGAAUUUACUACCCAUGAUGGACGCAAAAUAGAACUUGAUAGAAGUGGAGACGUGAAAAAUGGAUAUUAUGAUAUUCUCAAUUGGCAAAUGGAUGAUGCUGGAGAAAUUGCCUUUGUCAAGUUUGGAGAAUACAAAUUCACAAGUUCUAAAUAUGAACUUGUCCUUUCAAAGAACUCAACAUUAUUCUGGAACACUGAAUCUUCAGAGCUUCCAGAUUCAUUCUGUACCAAACCAUGUCCUCCAGGGACCCGGAAGGGGAUUCGCCAGGGGAAACCCACAUGUUGCUUUGAUUGCAUCCCAUGUGCUGAUGGAUAUGUGUCAGAGAAACCAGGUCAAAGGGAAUGUGAUCCAUGCAGUGAAGAUGACUGGUCCAAUGCAGAGAAGAGCAAUGUGCCAAAGUUUGUGGAAUUCUUCUCUUAUGAGGAGGCCCUGGGUUCCGCCUCGCCAUCCCUUUCCAUAUUUAGGGCACUUGUGUCAGUAACCGUUGUGUAUGUAAUCCACAGACCUCCAUUGGUGAAAGCCAAUGACGGGGAGCUGGAGAUGUCUCUGGUUAUCACAAAUCUAUGCUGUUCAUAGAGCCAAACCAUAACUAUCCUGCUCCCUACCAGGUUUGGCACGGAUUUUUUUGUCUGUCUUCCACUUGGAAAGACUAUUUCACUCUUUUUUGCCUACAGGAUUUCCAAAUCUAAAACCCAGCUUAUAUCCAUGCAUCCUAUUUUUCGUAAGCUCAUUGUGUUGAUCUGUGUUGUAGGGGAGAUUGGUGUAUGCACAGCUUACUUGGUGUUGGAGCCUCCAAGGAUGUUCAAGAACAUUGAACCUCAGAAUGUAAAGAUCAUCUUUGAAUGCAAUGAAGGUUCUACAGAGUUUCUUUACUCUAUAUUUGGGUUUAAUGUCCUUCUGGCUCUGCUGUGUUUUCUCACAACCUUUGUGGCUCGCCAGCUGCCAGAUAACUAUUACGAAGGGAAAUGUAUCACUUUUGGGAUGCUGGUCUUUUUCAUUGUCUGGAUCUCUUUUGUCCCUGCUUACUUGAGCACCAAAGGCAAAUUCAAAGUGGCUGUGGAAAUAUUUGCCAUUUUGGCAUCCAGCUAUGGCUUGUUGGGCUGUGUAUUUCUUCCCAAGUGUUUCAUUAUUUUGCUGAGGCCAAAGAGGAACACGGAUGAAACUGUUGGUGGAAGAGUCCCAACUCUUGACAAGAGCAUCCAGUUGACCUCAGCUUCUGUGAGUAGUGAGCUUAACAACACCGCAGAGUCGAUUGUUCUGGACGAGUAG